AGUAUGACGCACAAGAUAGCUUUUAUUACUUAUGCGUAAUUAGCUGUCAGAAUUCCGUAAUAAAAUAUUAACGCAUUAAUUUUGUAUAAAACCUAGCUUCCACAACGCUAAGACCAUUAUCUUCCAUUAGUCUCAGUUUUAAGUAAAUAUCUGUUUUACUCAGAAAACCUCACAAUGAAGGUCCUUGCUGUAUUCUUGUGCACCUUUCUUGUAGCUUUUGGUGCUACCGUACAACCAAUAGAUGAAGAGCACUUGAAAAAUAGAUUCGAAAACAUACUUUUAGAUAAUCUUGCUGAAUAUCUAGGACUACAAAUAAAAAUGAUUAAGGGAGUUCAGAAGAUACAACUAUUAUUGGGUAAUGUGGAGAAAAUCUUGGAAGAGGGAUUAACAGACAACACCCAUAUUGAGAAUCCUGGUGUGACUAUACCUGACCAAAAUGAUGAUGAAGAUCCUAUUGUGUCAAGGACCGAUGACUUCGAGAGCACACUUUUGGAUUAUCUUGGUGCAUAUCAAGAACUACAAAUUAGAUUGAAUACGGGAAUUGAGAAGUUGCAACUGUCAUUGGGUAAUGUGGAAACGAUAUUGGAAAAUGAAUUUAAUCAUGAUCCCUUUCCUGAAGCUGAAUUAAAGACAUUGACUAAGCCUAAUAAAGCCAAGGAUUCAGCUAAACAACCAAGAAAUGGAAAAAAAGUUUCCACCAACAAGGCAUAGAGAAUGUCAACAUGUUUGAUAAUCUUGUAGUCGUCUAUAUGUGGACGUGAAUAUAUCGUCAGGUAACAAGCAAAAUUCACUAAUUACUAAAAAAUAAAUAAACAAAAAUUAAUUAUAUCAGUAAAUUAAAAAUUAGUAGUUAUAUGGUUAGUAGCAUUAUGGCAAUUAACUUGUGGUGGUAAUUAGUGAGUCUUGUUUGUCACCUGACGGUAUACAUACUUCUUCAAAACAGAUUUAGCAAAAAUUAAAAGAUUUAUAUUGCUUAAAUUUCAUAAAAUUGUAUAACAAUUAACUACCUAAUAAAUUAAAUAAUAUAAGUGCUUUUGUGUAUUA